AAAUGGAGCUCCUUGCUUUCCUCUCGUGCCUCCUAGCGGGUCUAAUGGUCUUUCUGCUUAGCUACACUAGGCGAGCCCGUGCUCAGGCGACAAUGCACCAGGUCGGCGACCCUGCUGUGGCCCACCGAGCGCUCAUCGAGAACGCCGACGACUUCUCAAACCGGCCGGCGGCGAUCUUCCCCGUCUCCCUCGCCAUCUGGCCCAAUGGCGAGCGGAACGACAGCAUAACCACGACCAACUACGGCCCGCACUGGCGUGCCCUCCGGUGCAACCUCACCGCCGAGAUCCUCUCGCGCCUCGGUUCCCUCGAGCCGCUGCAGCAGGAGGCCGUUCGUGCCCUCGUCGCAGACGUUUCCACCGCCGCAGGAGGCCAGGUGACCAUCGCUGGGCCCAUCACCGCUGCCGUAUUCACGCUGGCCUCGCGCAUGUGCUUCGGCGACAAUGUGGACGACGACUGUAUCCGCACCAUGGGACAGGUCGCACGGGACGCCAUCGUCGCCGCCGAGGAGCUCAGCCCCAGGUUCAAUGGCUCGACGCUAUCCAAGCUCGCCAACUGGAGGGGGUUUCGCCGGAUCUCCGGCCUGGUCGACCGGCAGGCCGAGCUGUACCUCCCUCUGAUCGCGGCACGGAGGAAGUCGCGGUCUCCGCUCUGCGGUGGCGGCGUUGUCCGCCCUUACGUCGACUCGCUCCUUGACCUCCGUGUUCCGGAGGACGGUGGUGCCGGCCACCACGCGCUCCGAGAUGGCGAGCUGGUGGGCCUUGUGUUCGAGUUCCUUGGGUCGUUAUCGGGGUCAACCUCAGCCUGUGUCGAGUGGACCCUCGCCCACCUCGUCGACCAGCCGGAGGUCCAGAGCAAGCUGCGCUGCGAGAUCGACAAGGUAGAGGUACUCUCCAGCAAGAGCAUUCGCAGCAUGCCGUACCUGAACGCGGUUGUGCUCGAGAGCCUCCGCAUGCACCCGCCGGUGCCGUACAUCUUGCGCGGCGCCCACGGCAAGGGCGGUGCCAAAGCAAUUGGGGCGACCGCUGGCGCUGUACCGGUCCAUGGCUUGAGGGUUCGGUUCAAUCUAGGUGAUAUCGGAAGAGACAAGAAGACGUGGACAUGCCCCGACGAGUUCCGGCCGGAGCGGUUCCUUGCUGGAGGCGAGGCAGAGGACAUCGGCGCGGCGCCAGGCCCCAAGGAGAUCAGGAUGAUGCCAUUCGGAGCGGGGCAUAGGCACUGCCCAGGCAUGAGUAUGGGGAUGCUACACAUCAAGCAUUUCGUGGCCGCGCUAAUCCGAGAGUUUGAGUGGGCGCCAUCGGCGGAAGACUGCCGCGGCGGCGUCGAUAUGACGGAGCAGAACGGGUUCAUAAAACGGAUGAAGAAACCACUCUCUGCGCGCAUCACGCGGCGCAAGUAAACCAAACCUUGAUGAAGUCUUGUAUGCAUCUCUCUGUUUCCUACGUGGAUCAGCCAGCGGGCAGCGCUUGAUCCAAUAAUUUCCGAGCGCGUGCACCUGGCAGGAUGCAUGGUGUUCAAAUGUACCCGUGUUCUUGUUGUUCGAAUUUAAAUUC